UCUGCGGCACGAAUCACACUCUCGGUCCUAAGCCCUGAGCCCCGGUGCGGGCCGCAGUCUGAGCAGCUCGGGGCCGCGACCACCGCCCGCCCGCUGGGCCCACUUGCCCAGGGCAAGGCCGCACUCACUAAAGCCUCCGUCCGUCCCCUUCCUUGCAGGAAUGACGUGCCAAGCUCGCAGCUCCUACGUCACCAGUGAGAUCCUGUGGGGUUACCGCUUCACACCUGUCCUGACGCUGGAAGACGGCUUCUAUGAGGUCGACUAUAACAGCUUCCACGAGACCUACGAGACCAGCACCCCAUCUCUCAGUGCCAAAGAGCUGGCCGAGCUGGCCAGCCGGGCGGAGCUGCCCCUGAGUUGGUCCGUGUCCAGCAAACUCAACCAGCGCGCAGACCCGGAGACGGAAGAGGAGGAGAAGAACCUCGAGGAGCAAACAGAAAGGAAUGGUGACGUGGCAAACCUAGAAAACGAAUCCAGAGUCUAGUCGCCUAGCCGGGCGGCUCCUCCUCCCCUCCCCCCGCACAACCCCUCCUCGUCUCUCAUGCUCUCUCUCUUUUGUCUCUCUUCCUUGGUUGUGUAUGGAUUUGCAUUUAGUUCUGACAUGGCCAGAAAGCGAGUCUUCGAGGUGUAAAAUAUCUACCUGCCCUCUCUCGGUUUUGCAGAUGGACGAGGCAGACGCAGAUUUGGUGAAGGUGCCAAGCGCCCUCCCUCGCGGCCCCAGCUUGCUCUCUUCCCGAAAAACCACGCAUCCGACUCCUAGGGACUUAAGCUACUUACCUGCAUGUCUUGUACAAUAGCAGAUCACUCAAAGAGUGUGUCAGAGAUCUCACCUGGGAUAUGACAAGUUAGGUCUCUGGUGCCUAUUUACUCAUGCAGUGAGACAUAGCGUAUAACCCUCGGUUUUAUAGAUCCCAAUAAAUUCCAUCUGCAGGGCGACGUGCCUGCCCCCUACAGGCAUUGCAGUUAUAGGACCCGGGUCAGGGAAAGACAAAACACUGUACAUAUAUAUGCCUUAUGUAAUUAUUUUUCUUUUUGCAGUCAGUAAUAAAACACAGCAUGUACGAAAAGUACUGUAGGACAGAACUUCCAAAUAAUGUACAUAGAUGUAUAAUUACUGUAGGUUUAGAUAUAUAACUUUAGAAAUAAGAUGCAAAAAAAAAAAAAAAAAAGAUUCCCAAUGUACAGUAGGCAUUUCUGUUCUGAUGUCUUUGCUUUCUGAAUUUCUUUGGUCCCAUCGAUCACUGGCCCUUAGUGCAUGGCCUUUGUUCUGUGUCCCAGACUGGUAGUGUUUGGGUACCUCUGUUCCCUUGCUUAUCCUCUCACUGAAUCUAAUAAGCCAUAGGUCUGGGGGAAGUUAGGCGGUCCGGUACAUGGCAAAACCCACCACCAAUAUCCUGAGAUACUGUGAAAUGUUUACAAAACUGAGGUCUCUCUCUCUUUUUUUUUUUUUUUUUUUUUUUUUUUUU